CAAAGUGAAAACUUUUCUUUCUUUUUUUGGCAUUUUUACAGACUGUGUAAAUUUCGUCUUUCUCACAAAAUGAAGUCAAGAUUUUUUUUGUCUAGGUAUCAUGGCUUUGGAUCUAAUGUGGUCCAGGUUAAAUAAAUAAAUAGUUUAAUGUCCUAUAUCCUUUAUAUCCUUUAGGCUCUGACCUGAUCAUACAUUUGGACCUGAUCUAGUCCAGAUGCGAGGUGCAUCUUCACAAAAACAAUAAGGAUUUCACCGAUUUGAAAGAGGAGAAUUUGAAAGAGGGUUUCAGACACCAUUAAAGGUUUACCUAAAAGUUCUCACACUGGUUUACUUCAUUAGAAUGUGGGGGGGAAACAAAAAAUCAGUCAUUUGUCUCUGUAAAUUAAAUUAUCUUUAACUUCCCAGUUAUCUGCAGAAUUAGAAGAGUCCUUUAGCAUCAUCUCAGCUCAUUUCUUUUGUCUUGUGUCACAGAAUUUCUAACUUUGACCUCCAACUUCAUGCUUUUGAUGCUCUUCCUCUGUUCUUCGGCUCUCUCUGCUCCCUGCAGCGGCCGCGUGUCGCCGCCGCCUCCUGGUGGCGGAGCGACGAACUGCACCUCACCGUCUCUGCCGGUGACCACGCUGACCUGUGGUUGACCUCAACAAACUGGACAGAAAACUGAAAAAAAGAGCCCAACAUCGUACUGUCUGUUAAACCCAGUCUGAAAACACAUUUUUUAAAAAACGAAGUAUUUUAUUGGUUUGAGGUGGGAGCGGAAAUAAAGAGCUGCAGACGGUGAGUGAAGCUGUUUUCUGUCACCCGCCCGCGUUUGACCGCAGCUUUAAUUAGCCAGCUGGGAUAGUUUGGUGGAAACAGGCCAGAAAUGCAGGAAAGUUUAGCCAAACUAGCUGCUGUUUUGUUGGUGAUUUGUUAACUAGCAGGUGGUCUGUCAUGACUACUUUACAGCUUUAUUACUGUGGGCUUUAUGACUGUGAGUUUCACUGCUAGCUAGCUGUCAGCAGAGAUGCUAACCUGCAGGUGUGUUCUGAUCCUGCCCUCAUGCAGGUACCUCAGCUCAAAUGCCCCUCUGACAGCCUUUAUUUCUCAUUUUAUCCUAUAAAAACUUUAGAAUUCCUAUAGUGAUUUGUGUAAUGUGUAACCUAACACUUAGCUGGAGUGGUUACUUCAGUUUAACUAUCUGGAGUUGGCUCUAACAAUGGGACACUUUAGGUUGUUGAUGUCUUUGAAUAAGUUGGUUUAUCAGUGUUAAAAUGAAUCUGCAGAAUGUAACCAAGUAAUUACAUAAUUACAGUGUUAAUUUGGAAUAUUUUAAAAGAUAGUUGAAAUACUAAUGAGGCAUUGAAGACAUCCAAAAGUAAAAUAAGGUAAAAAUAAAGAUGAUGCCGAUAUGUACAAGUUUAACGAUUACACUUAUACAGAAUAAUAGUGCUACUUUUCUGUUAAUGUAGUCAGCAAGUUAUCUAGAAAAAACAUCAGUGUUAACAUGAUGUUGUUGUACAUGAAGAGCUGUAAGAGAACAGUGUGAUAUUUUGUUGCUGAACCGGAAGAGCUAUAAAGAGAAGAACAUGAGAGAAAAGGAAUUCUGAGUAAAUAAAAUCAGCGCUUCUUGCUGUAAUUUCCUAAUGUGCGUUUUCUCACUUACAGCAAUGCAGGCGGGCAAUAAAAUUAUCAUCAGUAAAUGUCACUUACUGUUUGGUCAUCUUUUAUUUAAUCACUUAGUUGUUUGGUCUGUAAAAUGUCAGAAAAUUAAUAUUUUUUUAAAUAUUUAUCAGUGUUACUCAAAGCCCAAGAUAAUGUCUUUGUGAGUUAUGUUUUGUCCACCACCCAAAUAUAUCCAGUUUAUUGUCACAGAGGAACAAAGAGGAAGCUAGAAUAAGAGAAUCUGGACUAUUUUUUAAAAAAAUGACUCAAAAUAGUUAAUCAGUUAUCAAAAUUGAUGCAAGCUGGUGUUUAAUUGAAUGGCUGAACACUAAUUGAUUAAUUGUUGCAGCUCUAUUCUCUUUAAAAUCCUCAUGCGCUGUUUUUAAAACUGAACGAGCUAAAUGAAUCUGUUGUAUGCAGAACAAGAAUCAGUGCGAUUCAUAUUAAACUGGGUAUUAGAAAAAUCCAGUUUUCUUUCUUAAAGUGUUCUUUGGACCAAGUGUCAGAUUAUGUUUGUUUAGUUAUGUUUGUUUUGUCAAGCCUAUUUUAUACACAUUAAUUCCAUUAAAAUGUAUUAUUUGAGAUGAUCAUGAGUCUGAUAAGGCACUCAGCAAACAUGCAUUGUUCACUCCAAUAUUAAUAUAAAAAAUCUAUUAUUUAGUGACUGCAUGUACAAUCUUGCAUUCAGUCUUUAUUGUGUGGAUAAUAAAAAUGCUACUUUUUUGUCCGUAUUGUUUACAGCCCCUACCAGGUAGAAUUCAGCAGUCUUGUAGGACAAUGUUUGUACCAUCUUCUAAAUGCAAAUCACCUCUUAUAAUAAAUCCUCUGUGUCAUCCUCUCUGCUCUCUGUGUUUUGAAGUGGAUGGGGAAAUGUGGUGCUACCAGAAACCGGGGUUCGAAGCCUUCCUCCUCAAUGAGCUGCAGAAACAGCAGCAGUGCAGCGACUUCUGUGACACUCUGCUCCAAGCAGAAGGUGUAUCAGUACCAGUACACAGUAGUGUUCUCUCAGCUAUCAGCCCCCACAUGUCGUCCGCUCUGUCCUCCACACCGAUGCCCCCUGCAGGACAGAGUCGCCUCCUGGACUUUCGAGCUCUGGGCGCCUGCACUCUGCUGCACAUAGUCAGACUUCUGUACUCUGGAGAGAUGACAGGGGAGGGGGAGAAGGAGAAGCAAGAGGCCAUCUCUGCUGCUGCCAAGCUGGGCAUCCACGGACUGGUGGAGGUCAGGAAAAGGGAUUCUAAAAACAGAAACUGGGAAGGAGUCGGGCACUACACAGAAGUGGGAGUACAAACAGAGUCUCUACCUGAGGGGAAUGAGGGGAGACAGGCCAUAUGGAGGAGAGAGGUGAGGGAUGGGAGCACUUUACUGUGGAAAGAGACCCAGUCAAAUGGUGGAAAUGACGUGUGGACUCAGACAGAGGAGCAGCAGAUAAACACAGCGCCUUCUGCUGCUCACUCAGUAGCCUCCUUUGAGACCAUUGACAUGGAAACUCUCCAGAGUUUAGGACAGACAGAUUCCUGUCUGGUUCGCCCUCAGAUUGUCCCCAUGUCUGUUGUCUAUCCACCAAAUGAAUCCCAGCCUUUCUCUGCUCCGUCCACCUCUAUGCAAGAAUCCACAACAGCUGGAAGCACAUCUGUAGCUGUUGUGGCCUCCCCAUACACAGCCGUCCCCCCUUCCCUCCCUUAUGUUUCCAGCCAAACAGCCCUGUGUGCCGCUGACCCUCAGACCUGGUUGACUGGGCCCCAAGAAGCCGGCAGAGACGCAGCAGCAACUGAAGAAUGGGAGGACGAGCGGUUCGAGCAGUUCCAAGGCAAUAUACCUGGAUUCAUUAAUUACUUCCUUAACCCAGUCAAGGGGGAGGGAUCCGGCAGGGGCAGAGCAGCGAGGAGGCGAGGAGGUAAGGUUGGACGUUGCAGGAGUACCGGGACGGGUGGGAGUAGAGCCAGGGGGCCACGAGCAGGAAGAGGAGGUCGGGGACGGGGAGGCAUCACUCAGAAGGUGGAUUUGCAGGAGGUGGGAGUGGGCCGGGUGCAGAAGCUGUUCCUGCACAGGUCUGGGACGAGGAUACCCAGGACGGGUCAGGGUGGAGGAGCAGUCGGGAGGAAAUUGUACCUGAACACCAGAGAGAUUUUCAAACCAGGCACGAGCUGCAAGAGGGGGAGAGGGCGCGGCAAAAUGUGGGAGUUCAGCCAAAGCAGAGAUGUGCUGGUGGGAGGUGAGAGAGGAGGAGGUCACAGCCAACGUGGACGGAAAAAGACAGCGCAGCAGUUGAAGCAGGACAGUGGCCCUGUUGGUAGGCGUGGAAGAGCUAAAUCAACAACAUCAGCUUCCUUUUCUUACCCACUCCUUCGAUUCUACAAUCUUCACACGUUACCUCCCUCCAUCCCUGUCCUCCAGCCGUCUACCAGCCUGCUGUCACCUGCAGCCUCCUACAUGUCUCCUGCGUCGUCCCUCCUCCACACCACCCCGCUCCCCCCACCAGCCCCUUCAACUCAUGAUGAGCAGCCCGAGAAUAUUGAUCGUCUUCUGGAAGAAGUGAUGAUGGGACUUGACAUUUUACCAAACAGCAGAGCUCCACAUUCUCAGGUUCUUCUUCCAGGCAGCAGCAGCAGCAGCAACAUCUUUUCUUCCUCUGGUAACACUUCCGCCCAAAACAGACAACAGUGCCACGCCACUGAUGUCCAUAGAUCCACAGAGGUUGUUGCUGUGGCAAGAGGAGCUGGUAAUUCCAGUUUUAAAAACGGUGAGGCACCUGUUCUGCAGCAGCAGUGUGAGGGAGAGCUGAACGAGAUGCUGGAGCACUUCCUUCAUUCGUUUGAGCAGCAGAUUGAAAGCCAUGGUGCCAGGGAAGAGGAGACAAAUGUUGACAGCUCUGCAGAUUCAAACCAGCCGUCCACAGUCCUGAGCAAAUACAAAAAAACAACGAAUCAGACCACAACCUCUCGCACCUCUUGUCUACAGAAGAAAAAUGCACAACGUCGAGUCAGACGACCCCAAACCACUGGAACUGAAACUGAAACGCUGCAGAGCCGCUCACCGCCACGCCAGACCUCCGCUAGCCGAGCUGUUUCCCCCAAACACACUGAGGAAACGCUGCGGAAAGUAAAACCACCACCCAAAUGCCCGAAGAAGAGAAAAUCAAAACAAUAUCAGCUUUCAUUAGAGAGAAAGAAAGUGUGGGUGAGGAAACCAGUGGCAUCAGGUGAUGCAACGACCCAAACUGUUUGUGACCGAGAAGACAAGCAGCUAAAGCAGAGACCUGUGGUCCACCUGGAGAGGAGCAGCCUGCUGCCAGUCAAAGUGGUAUUACGGAGACAGAGCUGUCUGGAAGACAAGAGUCCUGAAAAAGCAAAGACCUGUUCAUCAUCAGUGAAAACCUCCUGUGAAAGCUCAUCUGGAACGAAUCAGCCAACGUGGAUCAGCACAAAGACAUACCCGAUCAGGAGCAGGUUUAAGGAAGCACAAAUCGUGGACAGUAUGCUGUUACUUGAGGAGCCACUCUCAGCAGACCCACCAGUUCGCAGACGAGGCAGACACAGGAAAAAUUCACAGCAACUCAGUUUAUCGAACAGUAACAGUUCAGUGCCACCAGCGCAAACACAGCCUGUGGAUCCUGGUGGCACCGAUAAACCACUAGAGAAAAACCAAGAGAGACGUGAAGAAGAAUCAACUGUCCAGCCACAAGAAGAGGCAGAUGGACCUACAAGUAGAGGACAAAAGAGGGCAGCCAUGUCAAGUGAGGACAGAAGUGAUGAUGCCACAGUGACCAAGAGGGUUUGCUUUGAGCAAAUUCCACAGCCAAUUUGUGAAACAUGCAUGCCAAACUCUGAAUCUGCGAUUUCUGUCUCUGAACCACCAACCACAGAGCCAGAGGAGAUAAUUGACGUAGAAACUGUUUCACUGUCGGGUUUGGAAGGUUUACAUGAAGAAGAAGAAAAACCAAAACCAGUGUGGAGUGAAAUCAAACUCAGAGAAACAGAGAACAGGUUGUCAGAAGAAGAGAUGUACAGCAGCGCUGAUGAGAUAAUUGAUGUGGAAGGAGAUGACGACAACUCGGAGGCUCAGGAGAACAAAGACAAGGACAACUGCCAGAACGCAACAGCAGCAAGUCUGUCAUAUUUUGUUGAUGAGAAGUCUUCUGUUUCACCUUCACAUCAAACAAAACAGUUCAAUCCGGAGUCGACAGAAAGGUGGGAGGACGACAAGGACGAGGACAUCGAUGUGAUCACAGGUGGCAGUUCUGUUCCUGAGCCGGUGAUCAUCAGCUGGACAGAGUCUUCAGAGGGUGAGGAAGACGAAGGAGGCGAGAAUAUUGAUGUUGUUGAAGACAGACCGCACUUCAUCAACAAUGUUCACUACUGUGAGUAAAGUUAAGCUUUUUAACAGAAAAGGCUGCAAGUUGCAGGACAGACAGAGAAAGUAAUAGUGACAGCAUUCAAUACAAAAAUGGUUUCAUCAUCAGUGUUUACAAGUGAUGUCUAAAUUCUCAUCUUUCUGCUUUGUGUUCACGUCCAUGUGCAAACACACUGACAAUAACAUGAGAGAUUUUUGUUUUCCUAUUCCAAAGAUGUUUAGGAAAAGAGCACCUGUAAGAAACAUGUUAGUUAUUCGUUUUGGACAGAAGCAUCAUAGUGUUUGAAGACAUUAGUAAAUUUAAUCAGCAACAAAACAACAUGACUGUAAAGUUCAUGUACAAAAUUUAGAUUCAGCUCCUGAGCUGAUUGUACAGACUUAACUAUUGUAAGGCUGUAGAGGACAAAUAGGAUUGCUCAUAUUUUGUAUUUUUUCAUGCUUUCGAGAUAUUUUGCCUGUGAUUUUAUGUAGAGUUGCUGCUGAUUUGUAACUGACAAGCAGAAAUGUUCAGGAAAGUUUGUUUUUACUGGUAUGUGUUGAAAGCAACUCUACAGAAUCAGUGUUGUGAGAGUUUUACUGCAACAAAAUGAAGGUUUUGUACUGUCAAAUGAGUCGUCAGUGUUUUAUUAGUUGUAUAUGCAGCUGUUACAAGUAUGAUCGGUAAUGUCAGCCUCUGUCCUGCCAAAAUGUUCUACGAAAAAGUCUUCUUUGUGUUCUGUCAGCUUAUGUUUGACAGUGUUUCUUGUGGCACUUUUGGUUCUUGGGUCUGAUUUUUACAAUAAAGACUUCUCUGUUCUCUUUGUACUACAGAAGUUCUGCACAGUCUUUGAACUGACCCUUAAAUUAGAAAAAUAUCCACACACAUGUUGAGACUUCAGCCAUGUGUCAUAAAACUAUCAAAAAAGAUUUCCACUGACAUAAAAAAAAAAAACAGUUCUCUGUGAAAAUAUGAGCUGAAAAGCUUCUACUAGAAGGAGAAAAAAGGGUGCGAAGUGGAAACCCCACUUUAUUUUAUAUAUAUUUUUUUAAAACACCUUACCAUUAAUGCACUCUCAGGCUGUCGUGAAAUUACAUACAGUCUCACAAAUAAUAAACCAAGAAUACAUGAAGUGAAAAUGACUUUAUUAGUUAUCAACCUGUGGAUCAACCUCCUACACACAACAACAAAACACAUCUGAGCUGCACCACAGAGCGAGUGCAGCUGGGGAGUUUUUCCUGGACACGUUGGAGCUUCAUCUCCCCUCUGUUCGAAUUGUCAUCGCAGAGCUCAGGUGAGAGUACAGCGCAGGUGUGUGUUUGUGUGCAUAGACACCUCUAAACCAAAUAAAAAGACACUGUGCUGAGUGUCAGUUAUGUCAGCAUGUGUGUGUGUGUGUGUGUGUGUUUCCCUGUGCUUUAACAGUGCGAUAUUGUCUCUUAUCACACUCUGUGGCAGCGGCUGUAUAUCAGUAGUGUUGUCGGGUUGGGGCGGCUUUUUCGCGUCUCAAGUCAAGAGGAAGGAAAGGAUUGAAGAGAGAGAGGAAGAAAUAGAGGAGGG